UUCAACGGGUUUAAUGUUCUCUAAAGGUAUUUGAAAUUUAAGACGUUCAACAAUCUUUUCGAUUUAAAUAUUCCACACAAAUUUGAUUUUAAUUGUUAAGUUAUUCCAUUUUUUCGGAAUAUAAAAGAGAACAGCUACCAACUCAACACUUUAUUGAAAUAUGUUCUGUUUAUAAUGAUCAAAUGGCUUAAAUAAAAAACAUGGCUCGUUUGAUUAUGUACAAUACAUUAUCGAAAGUGUUUAUAUGCUGGAGCAUUGCAAUUCUUUCUACCCAGCUCAACAAUGAAUAUGUUUGUUCGGAACACAUUUCCUCAUCAUUAAAAGUGAAUCACUCAAGCUGCGAAGGUAGACCUAAUGUCUCCCAAUGGAAUAAGGACAAUUUUCCGAAUCCGCAAACUGAUACAAAAUUGGACUACUGUGGACGGAACUGUAAAUCCUCAUGGAUUUGUGAUCCUGAUCAUAUACUAAGUCAAGAGGAAGCUGAUAGCAUAGAUAAUACCAUAAAUAAAACUGCACAGGACUUAUUCCGUAACUGUUCCAGUUGUCCAAAUGGCCAAGGUUUUUACAGUAUAUCCAUAGGAGUAGUUAGACAGAUAGGAAAUGAUAAUAUGAACCUUUCCGAUAUAGAUGAAUUAGGCUCAGAGUUUUCAGACCAUCUGAGGUUACAGAAAUGGAAAUUCAGCCCAUGUGAUAGUGACGUGGUUAUUGUGUUAUCACAGAAGGACAGGCUGAUAUGGCUUUCAAUUGGAAGUAUGGUAACACAAAAUCUUUCAAGCUCUUUCUUGGACAGAAUACGAAAUGAAACCUCUAAUAUGUUGAAGUCUGGAUUGUAUGGUGAAGCCUUAUUUCAUGUUGUGAAGGAAUUAGGGGAACUGUUCUCUAAUGGUGGUCGAACUUUAUCAUAUAAGUGGCAUACACAAGAAGCACAAGGACUGCCAUCCGAAGCUUUAAUAGCAGGAAUCGUUGUAUUCAUUGUCAUAUUUGUUUAUGCAGCUUUCAUGAUACGUAAAGAUUUAAAGAAAACCUACGAAAAAGAAAACCCAUCUCAUCGACAAAAGAAACGCAAAGUCUAUCUCAAAAGUCGGAAAGAGAGAAACUUAUCUCGUUUGGCAGUGGAAAGGGAAAGGUUGACUAAAAUAGACACAGAAGAGACAACGGAGGUCAGCUCAGAGCAACGCCCUGCUGAUAACCAUAGUAUUAAUAUGUCAGAAAGAGCGGAGUUCAGCAUAGAGCAGCACUCUAAUAACCCUUGUAUUACCAUUACAGUUACAAAUGUCGAUGGAAGUUGCAAGGAUUUUGAUGAGCAUGCUUUAUAGGUGAAACGAGAGAGAGAGAGAGAGAGAGAGAGAGAGAGAGAGAGAGUUUUAAAUUAUCAAUCUGAACUUAAAAGUAGUAAAAAGACAUCGUUGUCAUAAAUAUAUAUAUAAAAAAGAAACAAUAUAAUGAUAAGUCGCCAGCUUAAAGGUUAAGGAACCAAAAACAAAUAUUAGCUUAAAGAUAUUUACAUGUAAAUUCUGAAUUCAAGAUCAAUCAAAUAGUCUCUGUGUCCUCGUUUCCUUGUGAACUCUUUAUUCUCUAUGUACAAUACCUCCGUUUGUACAAGACAGUGGCGGAUUAAAAAAAAAAUCAUUUUAUGGUUUAAAUAGCCAAAAACAAAAGAUCGCAUCGCUACGCUCGGCGGUAUUUUUGACAAUAUCGCCAUUCCUCUUUCCCUGGAUCCGCCUAUGAUAGAUUAAAUGUUCUUGUUUUAUUGAUAUAUCCCGGCUGUCUUUUUAUUUGGCCGCUUACUAGUCUUUUUUCUGAUUGCUUCAGCAGUGUUUAAAACUGAGUGUUGCUAUUUCAUUCAAAUGGAAUCCGAAUUAACAGAAACUUAUUUUACAGAUAUGAUUUUUCAGUCAUUAGAUGCAUAAAAUAAGUACGAACGUUCAUUGGAAAAGAAUGAACAUACUCUAUUAGUUUAUUCAUCCAUCAUACAACUUCCCUAUAUGCAAAGCAACGAAAAAGCGCAUUUGGUGCUGUUCUUCGUCUAAAAAUGUGUUCUCCCCCCACAGGUUGACAUAUGAACCAUACAAAUGGAUAAGAAACUUUAAUGGCAUAUCUUCAUUUUCAGAAUGGAAUCUUCCAUUUCCCAUAAAUCAGAGGUCUUCGUUAUAUAAGUCAAGACAUUGCUAACAAUUAAUUGGAAUGUAUAUUAUAUACGGUAAUUAUUAAUGUAGUGAUGAUAUAAUUUUAGUAAAUUAGAGAAUAUUCAAACAACAGUAUAUUUUUAUAAACAUGUACAUAUGUCUCAAGUACAGUACAAAACAAUGUACAAUCAUCAUUAAAGGAUUUAUGCAAAUCAAUUCAAGUAUCAAAUAAUAAUAUAAAAUAACUAG